UAAAACAAAUUUUAGCACAACUGUCAAAUGUCACGUGGCGAAAAAGAUUGCAUAACAUAUUUUAGUGGAAUUUACCCCUAAAUUCCAGUCUAAUUUUAUUCUUAAUAAGGCAUAGGACUACAGAGGCAUAGGAAAAAACUAAACAAUUAUAGGCAAUAAUUAUGGCAUCUGAAAAGAAUUUUGACGAUGCAUCGUCCAAGGAUAAAGAACAUGAAAAAUUGGUGAACGGCAGACUUAACGGCGUUCCUCCCAAUUCAUCAACAUUGAGCCUCGACUCGAUGUUGGAGAAUCACAGCAACCUGCGAGAUGUAUUUAAUACUCAAGAAUUUACCAAAGUUGUCGACUUCUCAAUGAAAAAUAACAACCUGACUAGCCUACCGGAAAAUUUUACCUCAAACUUGUCAAAUGUUAGUAGAAUCGACAUAUCAGAUAAGAAUCUGCAGAAUCUUGAGAUCUGCUUCGAGAGUCUAAAGAAUCUCCAAGAAUUAAUCGUAGAUAAGAAUCGACUUGAAGAGCUGCCGAGCGGCUUAGGAGAGUUAGUUAAUUUAAAGGUUCUAAGCGCUGUGGGGAAUAAGCUGACAAUUAUUCCAGAGAGUUUUGGAAAUUUAAGGAAUUUAGAGAAACUCGAGCUGAGUCACAACAAGAUAAAAAGCUUCUCCGAUACCUGCGUUAAUUUGGACAAUCUCAGAGUGCUGAAUUUGUCUUGUAACGAGUUGAGAACGGUUCCCAAAUGCGUGGUCGAAGGAUCGUCGAGGCUGGAGAUUCUCGAUUUGUCGCAUAAUCAGAUAAAGGAAUUCACCAGGCCACCUUGCAGUAGGAAUUUGCGCAAAUUCUGCUUCAAUAACAAUCCGAGAAAUGAACGAUUCCCAGACUGGAUACUCACCGAACGAUUCUCCAACCUCGAGGAGGUCGUACUGGAUGAAACCAGCUUCUCGUCUUUUGACCUAUCGGCCAAAUCUUUGGGUCAAACAUUUUCGCACCUCAAAAGGUUGUCCAUGUCCAAAUGCAGGCUCUCAGACACAACGUUUGACCAUUUAUCUCAGUCAUUAUUGGAUCUGGAGUAUUUGAACGUCGGAAAUGAAAUAACGAACUUGGAUGGCAAUGUCUUCUGGGUGAUGCCGGCGGCGAAUUUGAAGAGUCCUGAAAAAUUUGUAGAAAUUAACAUUCAGGCUGCCGGUCUGCCUGCAUUGCCUUGCGAGAUAAAUAUGCUGAGAAAUUUGACCCGGCUCAAUGUCAGCAAAAACAACAUUUCGUCUCUGCCGGAAGAAAUUUGCGAACUGGAGAAAUUGGAGGUGUUCAAUGCGGCGCACAACAACUUGUACGCCUUGCCGCUGCGACUCGGAAACCUUACUGCACUUCGGGUACUUUUUCUCGAAACGAACAAGCUUACUAGUUUGCCUGAUUCCAUUCAAUCACUAUCGAGACUGGAGUGCCUUGAUUUGUACAAUAACGAGUUCCACGAGGUGCCGAAGCAGCUGGAAAAAAUUCCAAACCUGCAGGCCCUCGAUAUUGAUGGGAACACGUUUAAGACUGAUAAUUUACAGAUAUCAAACAUCGAGUACCUGAAAGCAAGAAAUAUCCUAAGAUCAACGAGCAACAUUCUACUCCUUCGCACAAAUGAUUCAAAGACUGUCUAUAGCUCUGACGAUGGAUCGCUUUCCUCGCUUGAUGACUGGGACCAGCAAAGCCUAGGGGAGAAAUCAAUGAUAAAUACAAACCUUAGCGACGUUGGCAGUGUUGAAAACUGGGAUAUAUCUGAGGAUUCUGCUGAUGAAUAUGACCCAACAGCACAACCGAGGACUUACAACGUGUACUCGCCAUUCACCGUUUCGUCCGUAUUUUAUUACGGAAAUUUUUGCCCAGCGGAUUUACACCGUGCUAGAAUAAGAGAUCAGCUGGCAGCGAUGCGAGGAAACAGUGGUGCGCAAACACCAAAUAUAGAAGAAGGACAGUUUGACGACGCUUGACAGUGAAUCAAAAAAUAAAAAAAUAGGUGUGAUGUUCAGUUCAUUUGAACAUUUGUUUAUUUGAAGAACUUGGAAUUCUUCGAACAUUCGACCUGGUUCAAGCAGAUAAAAACUUUCCUUUAUUCACGGCUAGUAACCGAUAGUGUCCGUCAUUAGUCAUAAAAAAAUACCAACUGUGAUUCAUUAAUAAUCGUACAAACUUACAAUGCCUCAAAGUAUUUAGUUGCCAUACUGAAAAACGUGAAACAAAAUUUUAA